AUGGCCUCUUCGGCGCCCUCAAUCCAAGUAAAGAAUCUCACAUAUGCAUUCCAGGACGGGACUUCUGGAUUGUCAAACGUGACUCUGGACGUACCCCCAGGAAGUCGUACCCUACUCAUUGGAGCCAAUGGCGCGGGGAAAACGACGCUCCUACGACUCCUCGCCGGCAAACGCCUGGCGCCCAAUGACACCAUCUCCGUCGGCGGCAAAGACCCCUUCAAGGACGGCCUGGAAGGCGUGACGUAUCUAGGCGUGGAGUGGGUUCUCAACAGCAUCGUGCGAACGGACAUCGACGUCCCGACGCUGCUCGCCUCAGUCGGCGGCAACGCCUACCCGGAGCGCCGGGACGAGCUCGUCGACAUCCUAGACAUCGACCUGAACUGGCGCAUGCACGCCGUGUCGGACGGCGAACGGCGCCGUGUCCAGCUCGCCAUGGGCCUCCUCCGGCCGUGGCAGGUUCUCCUUCUCGACGAGAUCACCGUCGACCUCGACCUGCUCUCGCGGAGCAAUUUCCUGGCCUUCCUGAAGCGGGAGACCGAGACGCGGCCGUGCUCUAUUGUCUAUGCGACGCAUAUCCUGGACAACUUGACGCACUGGCCGACGCAUCUGGUGCAUAUGCAUCUUGGCUCGGUGCGGCAGUGGGGUCCGUUUGAGAAGUUCCGGCAAGAGGUGAACGAAACGUCGGAGAAUAGCCAGCUUGGUGAGCUGGUGCUUAAGUGGCUCAAAGAGGAUCUGGAUGCUAGAGGGCCGCGAAACGGACGCAGUAGCGAAGGCAAGACUUACGAGUCUCUCGAGGGCAAGGGUGGAUAUGGUUUCGAAAAGAGAAACUGA